GCCGGGAGAUCUGGAAAUAUAUCCCUUCUGCGGUGCCACGUGGCAGAGACCCAUUGCCUCUCCCAAUUUCAUGAGGCCAUGCCAGCAAAUCAACUGAUACUCGAAGUUGCCAAGACAGAAACAGAGACAGCGAAAGAGAGUUGGAGAUAAUCAAGCAGUAGAACUGCAAACCAAGAAUGGCGGGAAUAGCUACUUGUGCUUUAACUCUCUCCUCAAGAAGUAAUUUCGGGACAUCUUGGUUGGAAUUUGACACUCAUCAUAGAAGAACCAUCCGGGGAAAACCAAAACGUUGGAGAAAUUUUGGAAUUAGAGCAGAAGUGAAUUUUGUGAAUCCAGAUGAAGCAAAGAAACUUGUAACGGAUGAGGGAUAUGCUGUGCUUGACGUACGAGACAAAACUCAAUAUGAACGAGCUCAUAUAAAAUCAUGCUAUCAUGUUCCUCUUUUUAUCGAGAACCAAGACAAUGACUUUGGUACAAUAAUAAAAAGAACUGUGCACAACAAUUUCUCCGGUUUGUUCUUCGGCUUGCCAUUUACUAAGCUCAAUGAUAAAUUUGUGGACUCUGUGCAGAGUCAGCUUUCACCUCAAAGUAAACUGUUAAUUGUAUGUCAGGAAGGAUUAAGGUCUACUGCUGCAGCCAACAAAUUAGAGGCAGCUGGUUUCAAGAAUGUAGCAUGUGUGACAUCAGGGCUUCAAUCUGUAAAACCAGGAACAUUUGAUUCUGAAGGUUCUACUGAGUUGCAAGAUGCUGGCAAAGCUGGUUUGAUCACAAUUCAAGGCAAGAUCUCAGCAGUACUUGGAACUGUACUUAUCUGUGCAUAUCUGUUCAUCACCUUCUUCCCAGAGCAAGCAGAAAAGCUGCUUCAACUAGCCCCGUCGAGCUAGUUAGCUAGUCCUUUUGAUAAUCUCAAGUUUUGCAAGUGUAAACGGUGACAUGAUCCAGGGAAUGUAGGUGCUCAAUUCCAGCAGCACAAUAUCCUAAUGAACAAGAGAGAGAAGUUAAGGACGUUGAUUCAGGUCGGUGGUCAUGUAAAUUUUUUUAAGAUUAAGCACAUCGGAAAUUAAGAACCAACAAUGAAUUUCCAAACCUCGCGGAUUCGUUCGUCUACCAUUCAUGAACAGCUUUGAUAUGAAAAUUAGAACGCUGGACAGUCUUCACAAA